GCUAAACAAAAUCUCUACCAAAGCUGGCUACAACUGACUAUAGCUCCAAACAGUUCAAUCUGUCUAAGCAAUACUAUUUCUGAAUCAAAUCAACGACACCACUUGAAACUGAUUAGGUACUUUGGGAGCCCAAAACUAGGCACUAGAAUACGACAACAGAAAUUGGAUUGUUUUUUCUUCUUUUUGGUGUUACCACAAAGAUUUGCUGUCAUUUCCAGAAGCUUGACAUGCACGUUUUCUUUUAGGCGUUUCUUUUUGUCUUUUGUCUACUCGCUAGUUUCUUGUCCCUGUCUAACUUUUUAGGCGUUAUUUCUCUUUAGAAAAUUAGUUUUAUUUGACAAUAAAAGAUAAAAGUUUUCUUUAGCUCUAAAAAAUAAUAAAAUAUUCUAUCACUGUUUUUGUUAGAUUAUAUUCUAUAAUUGAAAUAGAAUAUAAUGAAAGAUUAUAUUCUAUAAUUGAAAUAUAAUGGAUAUUAUUCUAUAAUUGUUUUUUGUUAAAUUAUAUAAUAUAUUUAUAUGAUGAAAUUAAUAACUGUAUUUACAUACAAUAAAUAUAUUAUACCAUUACAUCAUUACAUCUAAUGGAAAAUCUCCUAAUUAAUAUAAAAGAAAUUACUAAAAUCUAUCAGAUUUGUUUCUUUCUACGCAAAAAGUUCAUAAAUUAAACGAAAACCUCUCCUGUCUUUGAGAAUUUGCUUUCAUCUGUCAUUUCGAGUUCUACAAGAUCUCUUAGACUUCCUCUGCUUCAUCACUUUCUGUGCUUCUCCAUCGAUGGCGGAUAAUCAUCCCGAGGAUGAGCCUUCUCUCUCAGUCGUCAUCCAGAAUACUUCAUCAGUGAAACAAGAUGAACUUUUCCUUUGUCACAAAAUGAGCCCUGGGAGUUGCUUUCUCCUCCCACACGGCACUCGUGUAUACAACAAGUUGAUUGAAUUCAUUAAGAAAGAAUAUUGGAAAAGGGGUUACGAAGAGGUUAUUUCACCGAAUAUUUACAACAUGAAACUCUGGGAAACAUCCAAAGAUGCUGCAAGCUAUAAGGAAAAUAUGUUUACAUUUGAUAUUGAUAAACAAGAAUUUGGGCUCAAAUCUAUCAAUGGCCCUGGUCACUGCUUGAUGUUCGAACACAGAGUUCGGUCCUAUAGAGAAUUACCCAUUAGACUGGCUGAGUUCGGAGUGUUACAUCGAAAUGAGGCAAGUGAAGCUCUUAGUGGUUUGACCCAUACCCGACGGUUCCAGCAGGAUGAUGCACACAUAUUCUGUACAAAGGAACAGGUUAAAAAGGAAGUCAAAGAUGUAUUGGAUUUUGUUGACUAUGUUUACACAAAAUUUGGCUUUACCUAUGAGCUAAAGCUCUUAACGAGGCCAGAGGAAAACACUAAAGAUUUGCAAAGAUGGGAGGAAUCUGAAAAUGAUCUUGUAGAAGCACUACAAGAAUUUGGAAAGCCAUUCACUGUAGUGAACAGGGGAGAGGGUGCAUUUUGUGGCCCAAAGAUAGACAUAACAUUGUCUGAUGCAAUGAAAAGGAAGUUCCAGUGUGCUAGUAUACAGCUCGAUUUUCAACUACCUGAUCACUUCAAACUUCGGUACUCACCCUCAGAUGAGGAAAAAAAGGAAAAUGUUAUGAUACAUAGUAAGGUGUUGGGAUCUGAGGAUAAGGAUAAAGGGGUGAGACCUGUUAUGAUACAUAGAACGGUGUUGGGAUCUUUUGAGCGUAUGCUUGCCAUAUUGUUAGACCAUUACAAAGGAAAAUGGCCUUUCUGGAUUAGUCCAAGGCAGGUCAUAGUUUGCUCUUCAUCAAACAAUGAGAAUCAUCGUUCCUACGCAGAAGAGGUGAGAAGACAGAUUCAUGACGCUGGGUACCAUGUUGAUGUUGACACAACAGACAGAAACAUCAGUGAGAAGGUGGGAGAAGCUGAGAUCGCGCAGUACAACUACAUACUAGUUGUGGGUGAUGAAGAAGUUGCGACGAGACAGGUGACUGCUCUGCUCAGAGACUCCAGCUGUUCAGACCGUUCAAAAGUCCCAAUGAUGAGCGUUGACGCUCUGCUGGAUGUGUUCAAGCUCAGGAUUGUCAAAUUUCUUUGAAAUUCAAUGGGCUAAAACUUAUUAGUUUGUUGAUCAUGUGUUUCUUUAUUGGUUUUCAUAUUGGUUUAUGUCUUUUCAGUGGAAACCUCUAUAAAUUAUGGAUAUUAUCG